CUUCAUGAGGGAAGAGGCCAGGGACAGCCAGCCAGCCCCGGCUUCUCUUCUCUUCACAAAUAUUAUUCUGUAUUGCAAGCCCCGGAGCCCGAGCAGGGGGCUGCGUCAGUGUUCGUAGGAUGUCCCGUCAUGAAGGUGUGAGCUGUGAUGCAUGUUUAAAAGGCAACUUUAGAGGUCGACGAUACAAAUGUUUAAUUUGCUACGACUACGAUCUGUGCGCAUCGUGCUAUGAGAGCGGUGCAACUACUACCAGACACACCACAGAGCAUCCCAUGCAGUGUAUAUUAACCCGAGUCGACUUUGACCUGUACUACGGUGGAGAAGCGUUCUCGGUGGAGCAGCCCCAGGCCUUCACAUGUCCCUACUGUGGCAGGAUGGGCUACACAGAGAUCUCGCUGCAGGAGCACGUGGCUGCAGAGCACACAGAGACCUCCACAGAAGUGAUCUGCCCCAUAUGUGCAGCGCUGCCAGGUGGCGACCCAAAUCAUGUGACAGAUGACUUUGCUGCUCAUCUCACACUUGAACACAGAGCACCCAGAGACUUAGAUGAGUCCAGUGGGGUGCGGCAUGUGAGGAGGAUGUUUCACCCAGGGCGCGGGCUGGGAGGUCCGCGAGCCCGCAGGUCUAACAUGCACUUCACCAGCAGCACCACAGGGGGGCUCUCCACCAGUCAGAGCUCCUCACAGAGCUCCAAUUACAGCAGAGAGGCCAUGGACCCCAUAGCAGAGCUUCUGUCCCAGUUGUCGGGGGUGCGGCGUUCGGCGGGCGGCCAGCUCAGCUCGGGCCCCUCGGCCUCUCAGCUACAACAGCUUCAGAUGCAACUCCAGUUGGAGCGCCAGCAGGCCCAGGCGGCGCGUCAGCAGCUGGAGACGGCCCGAAACGCCACCCGGGGUGGAGGCCGAGCCAAUGCAAUCCUGAAUACAAAUUCAGCAGCCGCAAACCCCAACCCCAGCGCCAACCACAAUACCAAUCCCAGUCCCAACCCGGGCCCACCUGAGUCUAACACACAGCAUACUGCACAUAGCUCCCAGUUUCUACUCAGCAGGCUGAGCGAACCGCGGCUGUCUGAGGCCGAGCGGCAGGCGUGCGAGGCCCAGUGGGCCGACAGGAGCCUGUUCGUGACGGAGCUGCUGCUGUCCACACUGCUGCCCGACGAGGACGCCUCGGCCUCCUCCUCCGAGGACGAGGACGACUGUCACGGCUCGUUGCGGAAUUUCGCUGACUUCGAGGCCAUGGGCUGUGUUGAGGUCAUGACCUUGGACGUGGCACUGGAGAACCUCAACCUCAAGGAGACGACCCCGGCUACCAAGACGACGAAAACGACGCCUAAAACAGCACCAACGAAGAAAGAGCCUCCUGCGCCGCCCCUUUGAUGACAUGGCCACUCCCUCCCCUCAAACCACCAUUGUAACUGGCUGACUGCUGAGUCAGUCCAACUGCCAAUGGAUGACAAAAAAAGACUGCAGUUCUUUUUGGCUUUGUUUUAAUUUUUUUUUUUUCUCAGUGAUUGUCAUUUCAGCUCUGUCGCUCCCCACUCAACCCCGUGUUUAUUAAGUUGUGUACAUUGAAUAAAAGUAGUGAGACGAGAGAAUGUGAAAGCAAGCAAGCGUGGUGGGUGCGUGAGAGAAAGAAAAAUAACUAUAUAAAUAUAUUAUAGAAAAAAAUCUAUAUGAAAGUUGAUAAUCAAUUCCACAUAACCCGUGUCUCCUCUAGCAGAUGAGCAAAGCGUAGUUAGCCGUUUAAGAGACAAACUCGUCACACACUCACCCAAGGGAGAGGAGGCCGACAGAAACCUCUCCAGUAAAAACGCUGCUGUGUAUUUAUAGUUAUUAAUUAAAGAAGUGCUUGGAUGGUUUACCACAACUUAAGCAUGAGCUUAAAUCACCAUGUGCCCAUUUUUAACUGCACAGUCACCAGACGGAGAGGUCGUUCUCUUUUGUUCAGACACCUGAGUAACUGUAAAUUAACGGUGCUGAGUGCCACAUCACUGGCGUUUUUCUGCACCACACACACACACAUUCACACACAUACACAACAGACUGAGGACUGCGUUACAGGUUACAUUCAUGUCCAGUCUCGACCCCUCCCUCUUAUGUGACAUCACCUGUUUUGGGUCAUGUGACCUUGCUUUAUAUCGACUGUGGGCACUUUGGUUUUGAAUUGCAUAUCCAGUGUCCAUUCGUGUACACUACAGUUGCUCUACAUAAAGGCGAUACACAACUCGGAGGCAAACAGAGAUGAGACAGUCUCUUCAGUGUGACCAUUUUCGGGCCUUUUCUAACAUGGAAGAAACACAACAACCCUGGUCUUCAUAUGGUUGUUUCUUGUUUUGUUUUUUCCCCCUCUCUUUCUCCCUCUCUUUUACGGAAGACCAGAUGCUACUUUUUCAAGCUUCCCAUGAUCUGAAAUUAAUCUUCUCUCCAUUACUCAUGAAUGCAAAGAUUACUCAUCAUGUGACUUGAAGGAGAGAAUCCUGUAUUGCUCUUUCCAUUAAUUUCUCUCAGUCAACAAGAUCUUUGUAUGCCUCCACUGCUACCUGAAGAAAUGCAAUGUAUGUUUUUGGCUCAGCGAACAAGCCAAAUCACAGGGUAAACCUUUCAGUUUGGAGGACAAUAAAAAUGUUUUGGAUGGAAAU